GAAAAGAAAAAAAACAGUAUAAAAUGAAAAUAACAUAAUUGUUUGCAAACACACCUCGCCUUGUGCAGGAAUAUUACCGGUGUUUUUUGUGCCAGAUUCUUAACUCAUCGCUUCACUUUUCGGAAUCUGUUCAUUGCCAUAUAAGAUGUUGGCAUUUUAUUGACUCCAUGCCGGAUGGAGCAGAAUCAUUCUCGAUCCAGAUCCAGCGCCUAAUCCUGUCUCCGUGUUUUGGCGAAAUCCUUUAAAACCACCUCUACUUUUGAGCACUGAAGCUGAGCUACGAAAGGCAACCGAUAACCAGAGUAGCAGCGAGUAAGGAGGCAGGCAGGCAGCGUUACUUUCAAACUGAGUGAGCAUUACAGUAAAUUUGGGAAAUGAUGGGGGAUAACGCACACCAUUCGGGAAUCUCGGAUUGAGGAAAAAGCUGAACAUUUUUUCUUCUUCUGGAUCUAAUUUUUUGUAUUCUUUUUUUUUGAGGGGGAUUAAUUUUUACUUAAAAAUGCCAUUUGCCAAGAGGAACGUGGAACCCCAGUUACUGUGUAGGCAUGCUAUUCCCAAUGAUGAGGGUUUGCUUUUUGAAGAUCUUAGCACGGUCAAUAAUGUGUCGCUAUCCCGGACCCUCAGACAGCUCUCAGACCUUGCUAAACACGCCUGUUCCUUAUUUCAGGAGCUGGAAAAUGAGAUAAUGUUCACUCACAAGCGGGUCUGGGUAUUGCAAAGCAAAAUCGGCAAAAUUCAACAAACUGCCGGCAGCCUGGAUCCCAAACAGGAGGCAGUGCCUGUGUCGAACCUGGACGUGGAGAGCAAGCUGACGGUGCACUACCAGGCCCCGUGGUACCAGCAGCGCAAUGUCUUCCACCCCUCGAGCCGGCCGCCCUGCGUGGAGGAGCUGCACCAGCAUGCCAAGCAGAACCUGCGAGCGCUGCGCCGAGAUCAGCAACAGAGACAGCUGGCAAACAGACGAGAGCGGCGGGUGACAAUUUCUAUCUCAGUGGCGCCCCCGAUGCCAACAUUCCCCUCACCGCGCACGCUGAGGAGGCGUGAACACAGAAUCAGGCACCUACGAACGUUCCACAGCACCCGUUCCUCCUCCCCCACUCAAUGUUGCCGCUUGACCCCCUGGAGCAGAAAGGCUGUUCCACCAGCAGACCCAGACACUGAUGUCAUUGUAUUAGGUCACAGACCCAAAUGCCCUGUACCUAAUAUCCCCUCGACACUGGAUAAGCAGACCAACUGGUCAAAAGCGCUACCUCUACCGACCCCAGAUGAGAAAAUGAGAAUAGAGUCACAAGUGAUAUCAUCGUGCAUUAUUCCCAUUAAUGUCACUGGUAAAUUUGCUGAUUUUCUUGGGGUUGGUUUUGACAGAGAAGCCAGUGUCCGUUGUUCUCUUGUUCAUUCUCAAUCAGUGCUACAGAGGAGACGGAAGUUAAGGAGAAGAAAAACCAUCUCAGGCAUUCCCAGACGAGUGCAGCAAGAAAUAGAUUCUGACGAAUCUCCGGUGGCGAGAGACAGAAACAUAAUUGUGCACACAAAACCAGACUUCUCCCUGUGCCACGAAGAGCUGAAUGGUCGUUCUUGCACAAGGGACUCAGGCUGCCAGACAGAGGAUAUUCUGAUCUCUGCACCCUCCCGAAGAAGGAUUCGAGCCCAGAAAGGUCAAGUUAUCCCAGCCUCCCUUUCGCACUCCACCGGCAACAUCACAUCACUGCCAGACAAGUCUGAUCCCAUGUUUACCGCCUCGGUUGGUAGCCGUCUCCGUUCGCGCAGCCUUCCCCGUGAAGGGGGUAGAGUCGUGGAUGAAGACCACGACAGCAAUGAAGAGCUGUCGCCUUACGAAGCGGAGGAGUUCCUGCCAGGACCCGAAAGGGCCAUGAAGGAUGAGGAAGAAAGCACGGACGACCAAACUAUGCCGGAGCACCAGCUGGUCGGUCUAAAGUGCAAACAACACAUCAGCAGCCCAGACCACAACUGGAAUGAAAGAGGGAGGUCUAGGCUCCCCAAGAAAGCAGAUAUGGGAAGCUGUGAGAUUUCAUCCAGUUCAGAUACUUUCAGCAGCCCCAUUCACUCAAUUUCCACAACAGGAGUGCUGGGAAGCCAGAUAGACCACAAAGAGGAUCACCAGUCCUCCAGCGGCAACUGGAGUGGAAGUAGCUCCACUUGCCCUUCGCAGACUUCAGAGACCAUACUCCCUGCUGCUUCCCCUCCCCUAACGGGAUCUUCACACUGUGAUUCGGAGUUGUCGCUGAACAUAGCUCCCCACGCCAACGAUGACCCCACUGGCUUCAUAACAGACCCUUACCAGACAGACAAAGUCAGAGGCCACAGGGCGAGUUCCUUUACCUCGACAGUAACGGAUCUGCUGGAUGACCCCAUUAUGAGCAAUGCGAAUGAUAACGAGUGGAACUACCUGCAUCAUCAGCAUGGCAAGUCCUGCCGUCAGGAUUUUAGCCCUCUGUGUUCCAGAGAUGAUGAUGGAAGCUUAGAGUGUCCAAGUUUCACAAGCAUUGCCACCUACGAAAGUUUUACAGAUAAGCCAGUGUCCGAGAAAGCAGACACAAGCUCCCACUACUCUGUCGACACAGAAGGCUACUAUACCUCCAUGCACUUUGACUGUGGUUUUAAAGCUAACAAAAGCUACAUUUAUAACUAUGCAGCCAUGGGCCCUGAAUGUGGCCAGAGCAUAAAUGUUGCACCUAGUAUGGGCGGAUAUUGUCAGCAAGACUACCCGGGCCACAGGUCACCAGGAAGGCAGAGUCUUUCCUUUAAAAAACCAAAGGCAAAGCCAGCCCCACCAAAACGCAGCUCGUCAUUGAAGAAAACGAGCAGAGGUACAAACGUUCCUGAGAUGAAAGAACCAAAGAUAAACAGUGGGCAGCACCUGCCUUUGACUUCCAGGGAAAUGAAGCUGCAGCUUGACUUGGCCAGCUCCCCAGGCCACUUGGAGAACCCCACUUUAGAAGACAAACCAGUAGAGCCCUGGGAAAUUGCAAAUGAAGAGGAGUUGACAGAUUCCACUACAUUUGGCUCAACGGAUAACCAUUCCUUUAAAAAUGAAGGUGCUGUACAGUCUGACUAUGCAGAUCUCUGGCUCCUGAAUGACUUGAAAUCCAAUGAUCCCUACCGAUCGUUGUCCAACUCCAGCACUGCUACUGGUACAACAGUCAUUGAGUGCAUCAAGUCACCAGGGAGCUCAGAAUCACAUACAUCCCAUUCGGGAUCGGGGGCCACAACACCAUCUCUUCCUUCAGCAGAAAAUGAGUUUAAACUCAUCUCUCCCGAAAAGCUGGCUGGCUUGGCAUCGCCAUCUAGUGGGUACUCUAGUCAAUCUGAAACACCAACCUCUUCCUUUCCCUCAGCUUUCUUUCCAGGGCCCUUGUCUCCGACUAGCAGCAAGAGGAAGCCCAAAGUCCCAGAGAGGAAGUCUUCGCUGUCUUCCCAGCAGCAGCAGCAGCAGCAGCAGCAGCCUUCCUCCAGAGACAGAAGGGCUUCAUAUAGUAAAGACCUUGAGCUACCGAUUAUACCUCCGACCCAUCUCGACCUAAGUGCUCUUCACAAUGUUAACAACAAGCCCUCAGCUCACAAAAGCCAGAUGCACAUACUCCAUCAAAACAAGCAGAAAGCUGCAGCAGCAGCAGCAGCGGCUGUGGCAGCGGCAUCUUCUGAAACAUCAAGCUCCAGUCCUUCAACUCCUCUCGCCAUCACCCCCACUGUGCUCAGAUCAGUCCAGCUGCGGUCUGUCUACAAGCCCAGUGAGGGCAACCAAGACAAGCUCAGAGCUGAGGCUAACACAAAACUGAGAUGCCCUCCUGUGACAAUAGUCACCCCGCCCAGCAUAAUCAAGUCGCCUGAAUCAAAGAAACCGUCUGGGUCCUUCCAAUCCUUUGAUUCCCGUUCUCAGGAGUCCUCUCUAACGCUGUUAACCCCAGGAGAUGGACCCUUGUGGAGGGAUGUAGCAUUUCAGGACAACACUAAAUAUAAGCAAGAGAAAGCAGUUUCUGAACCCUUAGGGGCAGCAACAAAUGAACCUCUUACAAACUCGUCAUGCACAGCAGACAAUCUGUUACUGAAGUCGCCAUUACAGACUGAGGUAGAUCAUCCAGGGAAUGAUCUUCUGAAGGGCCCAGAUGACUGCACAGGGCUGUCUGGGAAUGCAGCAUAUCCUGAAGAACAAGAGAUGAUCGCUUCAAAUAUCUUGAUUCCUAGUAACAGCCAAGCAACAGUCCUCAACCAGCCAUCAAUACAUGAGCUGGCCACUGAAAUGCCAUUAGUGUGUCUGACGAAAAUGUGUUCGCUUCUUGCUCCCAACAAUAUAGCAAAGAAGAUUGACUUUGAUUCUUGCAACAGUUUUGACAAAGUGCCUGUAAUUGUAACUUAUCAAUCAGAAACAUCUCAAGCUUACACAAUCAGUGAUACAAGUAGUAGAGAACAAGAAUAUGAAGUGACAUCAGGUGUUCCUACCAGAAGUGCCUCAGAGGACAGCAGGGAAGAGGGGACAACGCCAGACACUGAUGAUUCAUUCAGCAAAGAAUCUUCUCCGAGUGACAACUCGCUUUCUCCACUGAGUGAAGAUACGAAGUCUGAGGAUGACAGUGUUUUUAUAUCUCCUAACAGACUACGAACCACAGAAGAUCUUUUUGCCAUGAUUCACAGAUCCAAAAGAAAAGUGCUGGGAAGGAAGGACUCUGGAGAGAUGGGCAGAAACCGACUAAGCGCUUCAUCGGCCAGUUCGCCGGGAUCACCAGUUACCCCGGGCACCCCCACCAUCUCCCAGAGAGCACCAGGACCCAUUUACAGGAGUGCCAAAAAAAGCAGCACCUCCAACGAGGAGUUCAAACUGCUGCUGCUGAAGAAGGGCAGCCGCACAGACUCCAGUUACAGGAUGUCGGCCACAGAGAUCCUGAAAAGCCCAAUCGCACCCAAGUCCCCAGGCGACCUGAGCAUGGAUGUGUCCAAACACCCAGAGGAGUUUUCUGCUCUCCAGCAGCCCCAGCCAACAGCCGAUCAGCCACCCCCUCCAUCACCGAAAAUGAACGCAGAAGGAUUCUCCCCCAAAACCUUUCCCAUGUCUGCUUCCUCCAGGCAGGGCCGUUCCCGAGUGCCCCCUGCAGCUAACAGCAGUCGCUACAGCAUGCGUAGCCGGUUGUACACCACGCCGAUGCAGGCCAUCUCUGAGGGGGAGACAGAGAAUUCAGAUGGUAGUCCUCAUGAUGACAGGUCCUCUCAAAGUUCCUCAUAGAUAGACAGAUAGAUAUUACCAUAUCUACAUUUGUUUAACUGUCUGUGACUGAGAAAGAGGUCUGUUUCCUCAGAAUUGUGACUACCUACCUAUUGUGCAUAUUUUAAAUUUAAAAAAAAAAAAACUAAAACUGUGUUACUAAUUUGUAUGAUUUUUUUUUUUUAAAUGAAGUGACUGAUUGCUGACUUUAAAAAAAAAAAGAAUACAGGGGGAAAAUCUGACCUGUCAUAAUAUUAGUUGUAACAACUGGCAAUACUGACGUUGGUCCUGUUAAAGUUAGGAAAGUUAAAAAAUAAUUUUUUAACAUUUAUAAGACUAUCAUUGCAGUCCUAAUACUAAAAUCAGGCGACAUAUGUACAUGUAUUUACAGGGAGCCAUACUUAAUCUAAAGAACAGAACCUGGUAGCCUUUGUGAAAAAUCAGACAAAUAUGUACCUGAAUGAAAAAAAAAAAAACUGUAACUUUUUUUGCACUGUAAUGAUGGGUCCUCAACACUGCAUGCAUUCACAGCCCUUCAUCAUUUCACAUUAAUACACACGAUUCAAUAUAUUUGAAGAUAUUAGGUUUUCAAGCCUAUGGGUUCUUUGCACUUCAUACCUAUACAUUCGUUAUGGGUACCCCGUCAUUAUCUUAUUUGAAGAUAAUAUCCCUGUAUAUAAAAAAAAGGUGAACCUGCAAUCUAGAUGAAUCAUCAUUGCCUGAGACUGACACUUACCCCAUUAGGUUUUGAGGGUUAGCUGGUUCUGUUCUGUCAUGAAUUGUUGUACACACAACAGGAGCGGGUUACAGAACCUUCUGUAGAUAAUGAAAGUAGUGUUUUUCUUCUUUCUUUUUGUGAAAAGGUUUGGUUGUCCUCCUUUUUUUAUCUUACAAAUGUCAAUAACAAAUCAAAGUGCACAGUUUAUGUUAGUUGGUGUUUCAGCAGUUUAAGAGAUAUUGUCAAUGUUCCUAAAAAUUCAUUUCUUACUUCUUUAAUAUCGUAUUAUGUGGGUUAUGUAUAAUUCUUUGUUUCCGCUUCGAUUGUUAUUUGACAUGCUUACUAACUAAAGAUUCUGAAAAGAUCGCUUCUGAAAAGACUCUUCAAGGCUAAUUGUCAGGAAAUGGCUUGGGGAAGAAUAUCAGCGUUGCACAGGUUUGAGUGCACAUUGCUUCUCUUAAGUACUUAAUGUAUCUGCUUCCCCACUUCACUUUCUCAAACAAAACUUGCUGAAAUAGUUUGUGUGCAUGACAAAUAAUGAUCUAAGUGAAAACAGCAAUCAAGAGUCACACAGAAUAUACAUACUAGGAUAUUAAGACAUUAAAUAUUAGAAAAUGUACAUUAUAUAAAGUAGCCCUUUAAAAGGUUAAAAAAAAUAACUAAAUAUUUUCUUAACAAAAUAGAAUUCACCUUUUCAGUGUGAAAUUUACUGCUACCAACUGUUACUUGACUUGAUGUAUCUGACACCGUGUAUGGUUGGGAACUAUUAUCAAAUAUUAGAAUGUAUUCUAUGAAUACCUUUGUAAUUGUUCACACUGUUAAUUUGGGUUUGGUGUUAUUUGCUUUCUGGUAAAUAUAAUGUUAAGCUAGGAAAAUUUAAAAUAAUAUAUAUAU